GAGGAAGCUGCGGCGCAGCGAUGCUGCUCUUCUGCCCAGCCUGCGGGAACGUGCUGGUGGCCGAGGAGGGCGCGCGGUGCCACCGCUUCGCCUGCACCACCUGCCCCUACGUGCGCAACGUCACGCGCAAGGUGACCAGCAGGCGCUACCCGGCGCUGAAGGAGGUGGACGACGUGCUGGGCGGAGCCGCCGCCUGGGAAAACGUGGACUCUACUGCAGAGCCGUGUCCCAAGUGCGAGCAUCCGCGAGCCUACUUCAUGCAGCUGCAGACACGCUCGGCUGAUGAGCCCAUGACCACCUUCUACAAGUGCUGCAGCCUCCAGUGUGGACACCGUUGGAGGGACUGAGUCACCAGUGACCAGGAGGGAGAAGGUGGUAGCCAUCACCCUGUCUGCUUACCUGGCAGGGUGGUAGGGCUUAGACCUGGUCAAGGGAGCUGAGCCCGACUGCCCCACAUUUAAGGUGUGUGGUGAAAAUCACAAAAUUAAGUCAUAGGCCAGAUCUGUAGUGAAAAGAGAGUUGGGGGCAGUACCAAGGGAAUGCCGCUUCUUCUCUUCCCAACCAGAAAACCAAAAGUCAGCCGAACUGGUUAAGGCCUAUGUAAGACCCUUUCUCCCAGGGUGGACUAGCUAUCUAGUGGCAGGGAGGAAGAGAGCGUGUGGUUUUCUUUACAUAUGCUAAUAUGAUGCUUGCCAUUUGUAGCCCAAAGCUCUGCAGUGUUUUACCACCACCUGCUCCAGGGGCAGGACUCAGCUGGACUCCAGUAGCAGCUGAAAAAGAAGCCAAGGCUAAGAGGAAGCAGCAGUCACUAGGAUUUCCCUCCAUUAAUCUCCAUGUCUUUGUACAGCUUAUUACACAGCCCUUGAGCUAGCAUUGCGCCGUCUUUCCAUAUACCUAGCCUUUUGGCUUUGUGGCUUACUUCAUGGCAGCUCCACACUUGGAUGUGAGGCACAGAAGAGGCCAUGCAGGUUGCCCCAGGAGCUGUGGGUGCUCAGCUGGUCCAUACAGAAAAGACUGAGCCAGGAGAUAAAUAAACUUAAUUUUAUUUUAA